UCCCAGCACCCGAACUCUUGGGUCACCCAUUGUGCUGGAGUAGAAGAGGCAGCGCGAAGCCCCUGGGGAAGUUGCAGGCUUUGAUUCUCCCUGACAGGACUCAUCCCGUCGAGCGCCACCAUGCCUUUCGGAAACACCCACAACAAGUUCAAGCUGAACUACAAGCCGGAGGAGGAGUUCCCCGACCUCACCAAGCACAACAACCACAUGGCCAAGGUUCUCACCCUGGACAUCUACAAGAAGCUGCGUGACAAAGAGACCCCCAGCGGCUUCACUCUGGACGACUGCAUCCAGACCGGCAUAGACAACCCAGGCCACCCUUUCAUCAUGACUGUCGGCUGCGUGGCUGGGGACGAGGAGACCUACGACGUCUUCAAGGACCUCUUCGACCCCAUCAUUUCCGACCGUCACGGCGGCUACAAACCCACCGACAAGCACAAGACCGAUCUGAACCACGAGAACCUGAAGGGUGGAGAUGAUCUGGACCCCAACUAUGUGUUCAGCAGCCGUGUACGGACGGGCCGCAGCAUCAAGGGAUACUCCCUGCCACCCCACUGCAGCCGUGGGGAGCGCCGUGCUGUGGAGAACCUCUCCAUCACCGCCUUGAACAGCCUGACAGGGGAGUUCAAGGGCAAGUACUACCCCUUGAAGGACAUGACCGACGCCGAGCAGCAGCAGCUGAUCGAUGACCACUUCCUGUUUGACAAGCCCGUCUCCCCUCUCCUGCUCGCCUCCGGCAUGGCCCGGGACUGGCCCGACGCUAGAGGCAUCUGGCACAACGACAACAAGACCUUCUUGGUCUGGGUCAACGAGGAGGAUCACCUCCGUGUCAUCUCCAUGCAGAAGGGCGGCAACAUGAAGGAGGUCUUCCGGCGCUUCUGCGUCGGGCUGCAGAAGAUUGAGGAGAUCUUCAAGAAAGCCGGCCACCCCUUCAGCUGGAACGAGCACUUGGGCUACGUCCUCACUUGCCCCUCCAACCUGGGCACCGGCCUGCGUGGCGGCGUCCACGUGAAACUGCCCCACCUCAGCAAGCACGCCAAGUUCGAGGAGAUCCUCACCCGCCUCCGUCUGCAGAAACGUGGCACAGGUGGCGUGGACACCGAGGCCGUGGGCGCCGUGUUCGACAUCUCCAACGCCGACCGCCUGGGCUCCUCCGAGGUGGACCAAGUCCAGCUGGUGGUUGACGGCGUGAAGCUCAUGGUGGAGAUGGAGAAGAAGCUGGAAAAGGGCCAGGCCAUCGACGACAUGGUCCCUGCGCAGAAGUGAGAGCGCCAUCUCUUGGCCCCGACGGCCCCGCGCGGACUCCGGGUGGUGACCCCAACCCUGCCACUCCCGGCAGCCGCUCCCCUGCGCCCUCCUCUCUCCUGCCCAGGGGAGGCGAGGGCCGAGCGGGUGGCUGCCCUCUGCCAGCUGGGAAGCUCACGUCACCCGAGCCUUAGUGGAAGGAGUUAAUAAAGCUAGCGAUGGCCUCAGAGCCUUGCCUCCCCCCUA